AGAGAACUGAGCACCCGUGAGGCAAGCACGACUACCAAUCGUUGCACUUCGUGUUAUUCAGUCUCAGUGCGCGGAUCGUCGUACCGCUUGUCAUUUACACGUUCACUCGUUCUGUUAACAGACCUUUGAACACUUGACAUAAAAUAUAAUUUUCCUUCUCGCAUCCUCAACGUGUGAACGUGUGAAAAACAAUGUCGGUCGUUUAUAGAAACACGAUGAACGCCAUUGGCAAGAUCGUGCCUAAGAAGGUUCAACCACUGUGGAAUCACCCUGCUGGUCCGCAGACUAUAUUCUUUUGGGCACCGAUUUGUAAAUGGGGCCUUGUAAUAGCUGGCCUCAGUGAUCUUAAGAGGCCAGCAAAUCAACUGUCCGUUAAACAGUCAGGUUCCCUGUUCGUCACCGGCUUGAUCUGGACCAGAUACUCGUUAGCGAUCACUCCGAAAAAUUGGAGCCUCUUCAGCGUGAACUUCUUCGUCGCGUUGACGUCCUUGUAUCAAAUUGGACGCGCGAUAAUGUAAGUUUUUCUACGGUAUUACGUAAAA